CCUACUCCUGCGGCGCAGGCGCAGAAGGAAGGAGGGAACUACUCAAACCUCCGCGGCGCGCCCUUCCCCCCCACCCCUUCCGGCUUUCUCCACCGCGCAGGCGCAGAGUGAGCCAAGAUGGCGGCGCCCGUGGACCUGGAGUUGAAGAAGGCCUUCACAGAGCUUCAAGCGAAAGUUAUUGACACUCAACAGAAGGUGAAGCUUGCAGACAUACAGAUUGAACAGCUAAACAGAACGAAAAAGCAUGCCCAUCUUACAGAUACAGAGAUUAUGACUUUGGUAGACGAGACUAACAUGUAUGAAGGUGUAGGAAGAAUGUUUAUUCUUCAGUCCAAGGAGGUAAUUCACAAUCAGCUGUUAGAGAAACAGAAAAUAGCAGAAGAAAAAAUUAAAGAAUUGGAAGUAAGUUUUGAGUGAAUGUUGACACAGAAAAAGUCCUACCUGGAGCGCAGCGUGAAGGAAGCGGAGGACAACAUCCGGGAGAUGCUGAUGGCGCGGAGGGCACCGUAGGGAGCCUCUGGGGAGCGCUUCCUCCGGGCCCCUCCCAUUCCUGGCAAGGACGGGGCUCGUGCAGGGAAAUGCUUCUGCUGUGCUCCGAUGGACCUUUUAUCCGAUGGCCUGGUAACCCCUGUUUUCUACAUCACCCUGAGCCCCUUUCACACCCAAGACCGUAUUUUUCAUCCUGCUCUGCCUGCCAUCUCUGCCUGAACUCCCCGGAGAGGGGAGAUGGGAGCCAGGACAGGUAGGGGAGCUGUGCCCAUGCCCCCUACUAGUCAUGCUGGUCAGACCAAUAAAAGGCAUCUGUGCCACUCUGCCAAGUUUGCUUUUCUUGAGCCGAUGGAUGAGAACAGAGAGGCAGAGGCUCUCUCUCCCUGAGCUCCUCCCUGUCCCUCUGGGGCUGUGGCCCUGCUCCUUCUGCAUCGAAGUCCCCACACUUAUUUUUUCCUCUGUGAUCCUUCAAGUAAACUCCUCAAGCUCACCGCCUCCAUGGGAUGUGCAAGCAGGAAAGCAGGGAGACCAGGGCAUAGCUGAAUGUAGUGAGGACAGCAGUCUUCGGCGGCAGUGUGCCUGAAGAUUCCUGCUUUUCCCCAACAUCCCAAAAGAGAAUUUACUAAUAAGCCAGCAGCCCCUCCAGGACUGUCUCCCUGUGAUCAUAAGGUGGACACUGCCUCGCGAGGCCUCCCAGAGGCUCGGGAUGGUGGUGUGUGGGAGCUGCUUAUCCUGGCUCAGGAGAGCCAGUUAUUCAACUUUUAGGAAUUUUGUUUCAAACCAGUUGUUAAACACAGCCAUUAUU